GUGGAAAACGUGAUGCCCAAUGACACCUUUUAUUUCACCAUUCUACGGAACCCAGUCACUCAAAUGGAAUCAUCCUUCUCAUACAAUAAAAAACAGGAAGUCUUCCAAAAAUCUGAGAGCCUGGAGGACUUCCUCAACAACACCUCCAAAUACUAUAGAAGCAACAUGUCAUCCAGCUACUAUGCCAAGAACUAUAUUGCCUUUGAUUUUGGGUUUGACAACAAUGGAAGAGAAUCUGAAAAGCAUUAUAAACUGCUGUGUCAGACAGUGGAGAUCAUGUUUGAUCUCGUGCUAAUUGUAGAAUACUUUGAUGAAUCUUUGGUGCUCUUAAAGAAUGCUCUUUGUUGGACAUUUGAUGAUGUUUUAUCAAUAAAACUUAACA